UUUCUCAUGUGGGGGGGGGUCUGAGAAAAGGAACCGGAAGUCAUGUCGACAGCGUGGGUCUAGAAUCUAAAUCUAUGGGGAGUCUGUUUCAAACACAGUGUAGUGGGUUGGUGAGUUUGCCUCGAUCGGCUUGCUGUACUGUUCCUUUCUUGCUCCGGCGACGCCUGCUGGGAAUCGAAUGUACAGAUAGGAAAAGGAAAAGAGUAAAGAGCUAUUGUAUAAAACGUUCUCUUCAGGUUUCUAUUUUAAUGUCGCCAUAUGUGGGGUAAUUUUGCCGGGUGCAGGAUUCUGCUUUGGCACCAUACAGAAAGAAAAGACCUUUUUAAUGUUUACAUUUACCACCAUUACCAUCACCACCACCUUUCGACCGCUAUAUGCCUUGCCUUCUUUCCAUCCACGCAGUGGUGCCAUGCACCUUCGAUUGGGAACCGGAAGUGUCAGUUCCAUUGUAUCUUCGGGUCUUUGAGAGUCAGGAGUCAGCUUUCGGCCCGCAAGGGAAAAAAAUUGCUUGUGUUAAAGAUGGAAGCGCUUCCACGUUCGGGGGUGGCGGUGUUGCUUGACCGAAACCCGACAAUCCCACCUCCCCACUGCCCGCAUGGGCCUGCUCUUCUAUUUGCAAAGAUUCUUCAUGGGAAAGAAGAGGGAAGAAGAUUUUAUGCUUGUUCUGCUUGUAGAGAAAGAAAAGACUGUAAUUUUUUUCAGUGGGAAAAUGAAGAGGUGUCGGAUGUUAGAAUUGCAGCACGUGAAAAAUUCAACCAAAGUAAACGUCCCUCAUUCUCUCACACAGAAAAUGUGGCAAGGUACAAGGAAUUUGUCCUCUUGCCACUACCGAAAAGGAAGUUUUGUAGAGAAUGCCAGCAGCUCCUGUUACCACCUGAAUGGGGAACGCACUCUGGUCAUCAGAUACUUAGUGAUGUUUCAGUAGCCCAGCUGAAAAGGCCCAGCCAGCUCCUCAGUCCUUUGGAGAACAAGAAGACAAACGCACAGUAUCUGUUUGCAGACAGAAGCUGUCAGUUUCUGCUAGACCUGAUAGUUGCACUGGGAUUCAAAAGAGUGCUUUGUGUUGGCACCCCAAGGCUUCAUGAAUUGAUCAAAUUCCAAGCUUCCCAGAAUCAGAAGACCUACAUUGACAGCCUUUUGUUAGAUAUUGAUUUCAGGUAUUCUCAGUUUUAUACGGAAAGGGACUUCUGCCACUAUAAUAUGUUUAACCAUUAUUUCUUUGGUGGAGAGGUUGCAUAUGAAGUCUGUCAGGCAUUCUUGCAACAAGACAAGGGCAAAGAUGUCAUAAUGGUGACCGAUCCUCCAUUUGGAGGUUUGGUUGAAGCUCUGGCUUUUAGUUUCAAAAAACUGAUUGAGAUGUGGAGACCAACAGAGAGGACAGAUCCUGCCAGCGUUGAGUUACCCAUACUCUGGAUAUUUCCAUACUUUUUUGAGUCGCGCAUUCUUGAAUUUUUUCCAAAUUUCAGUAUGCUGGAUUAUCAGGUGGACUAUGACAAUCAUGCCCUCUAUAAACAUGGAAAGGCUGGUCGUAAACAGUCCCCUGUCCGUAUUUUUACCAAUCUUUCACCACAUUUGAUAGUGCUUCCUGUGGAAGAAGGGUACAGGUUUUGUUCUGUUUGUCAGCGAUAUGUUAGUUUAGACAACCAGCACUGUGAAAUCUGCAGUUCAUGCACAUCAAAAGAUGGGAGGCGAUGGACACAUUGUCUUCUUUGCAAAAAGUGUGUAAAACCUUCUUGGACUCACUGCAGUGUUUGUGAUCGCUGUGCUCUGCCAAGCCAUUCUUGUAAUAAUGCUGACACUAGAUGUUUUAUUUGUGGAGCAGCUGACCAUAAACGCACCACCUGCCCUAAUCUUCAUGAGGCUAGGAGAGUUUACCGAGGUGGCAAAAAGUCAAGGCAAAAGAAGAACAAGGUAAAAGUGUGAAUGCUAUGAAAACAGGAGAUGGAAAGAAGAAGAAUGGCAAGACAAAAAAAGAGCAAGAAAUAGAAAAACUUGCUCACUCAAUAGUCAUUCAUCAGACACUUCAUGAUCCUCACACCAUUGUUUCAUUUGGUUUUCUACAAAUAUUAACCUAGGUAUUGAAAAUUGGCCUGACCAUCUUUUGCAACACUGCCCUGUUUAUUGAAAAUGUAACCAAUUUUAGGAUCAACAAAAUUGGUCAUCCAAAUCCUUACAGAAGUGCUGAAUGUAUUCUUAUGUAUGAAGUCAAUUGACAUUACACACUAUUCAGCAUAGUACUCGUGUUAUUAAGAAUGUAAAAACAAUGUAAUUGAAUCAUACUUUAUAGAUGAAAUAUAUAUUAUAUAUUUUGAAAAUA